ACAUAUUCUGCGUACUAAAUUCGACCAGAUUACCCAAACAAACAAUACUUGAAAAAACAAAAAAUGAGGCGGACAUUGAUUCUUUCUUUGUUCUUCUUCUUCUUCUUCAUAACCCAACCCUGCCACCGGCUCCUCACCCAUGCAGCCGGUGGCGGCAGCUGGAAAUUCCUACAAAAAAGCAUUGGCAUAUCAGCCAUGCACAUGCAACUCCUCAACAAUGACCGUGUCAUAAUGUUUGACCGGACUGAUUUUGGUCACUCUAAUUUAUCGUUACCAAAUGGAAAAUGUCGAAAUGACCCCAGUGACACUGCUCUCAAAAUUGAUUGCACUGCGCAUUCAAUUGAGUAUGAUGUUUUGAAAAAUUCAUUUAGACCCCUUAUGGUCCAAACCGAUGUUUGGUGCUCUUCAGGUGCUCUAAUGCCUGAUGGUCGUCUGGUUCAAACCGGUGGAUUCAAUGAUGGUGAGAAAAGGAUCAGAAUUUUCAAGCCGUGUGCAGGUACAGGAUGUGAUUGGCAAGAAUUUGAGAAUGGACUCGCAGCAAGAAGAUGGUAUGCUACAAAUCAUAUUCUACCAGAUGGAAGGCAGAUUGUUAUUGGCGGGAGAAGAGAGUUUAACUAUGAAUAUUAUCCCAAAGAUGCUGCAUCAAAUACAUACAGUUUGCCAUUUUUGGUUGAAACUAGUGAUCGUGGUGUAGAGAACAAUUUGUACCCGUUUGUUCAUCUUAAUGUGGAUGGAAAUUUAUUUAUUUUCGCAAACAAUCGAGCUAUAUUGUUGGAUUAUGCAAAGAACAAAGUAGUGAAGACAUACCCAAAAAUGCCUGGUGGGGAUCCACGGUGUUAUCCAAGCACGGGUUCAUCAGUGUUGCUUCCACUCAAGAACUUAAAAGCAGCUAAAAUUGACGCUCAAGUUUUGGUGUGCGGUGGAGCUCCAACAGGAUCAUAUAUUCAGGCAGUGAGAGGCAAAUUUAUUAAAGCGUUAGCCACGUGUGGCCGGAUCACAAUAACCGACCCAAAUCCACAGUGGGUCAUGGAGACUAUGCCUACAGCUAGAGUCAUGGGAGACAUGACAUUGCUUCCCAAUGGCAAUGUGUUAAUCAUUAAUGGUGCAGCAUCAGGGACUGCCGGUUGGGAAUUCGGACGAAAUCCGGUUUUGAAUCCUGUUCUUUACAGACCCGACAGCAAACUCGGGUCACGUUUCGAGUUACAAAACCCCACCACCAUACCGCGCAUGUAUCAUUCUACAGCAAUUUUGCUUCGAGAUGGACGGGUACUUGUCGGUGGUAGCAAUCCUCAUAUUUACUAUAACUUCACAAAUGUCCUUUUUCCUACAGAAUUAAGCUUGGAAUCCUUCUCUCCAUCUUAUUUAGACGCAGGAUCCUCAAAUUUGCGUCCAAAAAUUUUGUUGCCGGGCUCUCAAUCUAAUCUACGAUAUGGUCAAAAAUUAGUGGUAAGUUUCACGGUGAGCGGCAGAGUGGCUCUAGAUAAGUUGUCUGUAACAAUGGUGUCACCUUCAUUUACAACGCAUUCCUUCUCAAUGAGUCAGAGAUUGCUGGUGCUCGGAAGUGAGAAGGUGAACCCUCUGGGGAAAUUGAAGUACUCAGUUGAAGUAACGACUCCAAAGACGGGUAAUCUUGCACCGGCUGGAUAUUAUCUUCUGUUUGUGGUUCAUCAAGACAUUCCAAGCGAGGGCAUUUGGGUCCAUCUACAAUAAUUAGUUGGUUUCUAAUGCUUCGAAUUGAAAUACGGUACCGUUGCCGAGCUAGCAAAUUUUUUUGAGAUUUUUUAAUGGCCAUUAAAAAAAAAAAAA